UGGCCAGAUGUCCAGACGUGACCCUGACUGACCAAUUGACCCUGGUAAGGCACUGCAGUCCCUACGAGAACUCUGUCUGUUCUUUCCAAUGUAACACGGGGUAUACGCUGACUGGACAGUCUGAGAUUACCUGCUUGGAGAGCGGAACUUGGUCAGAUACCCAGCCAACAUGUGAAAUCGUAAAAUGCCCAGUGAUGUCACUACCUGACCACGUGUCCAGUAACUGUGACGUAGAUAGCAGGAAUUACGGUACCACGUGCCAGCUGUCAUGUGACACUGGGUAUCGCCCCACUGUUGCCGUGACAACCACUUGUUUAGCCAAUGGAACCUGGGAUGCAUCUCUCUCAUGCGAAGUUGUUCAAUGUCCACCACUCAGUCCAUCCGUGAAUGGCACCUUGACUCCGCCCCUCUGCAAUAACUACACAGUUUUCAAUGACGUAUGCAGUUUAAGCUGUCCUUCGGGAUACGUGGUGUCUGGGCAAACGACAGUUUCGUGUUUGGCGUCUGCGCAGUGGAACGCAGACUUGGGGACUUGCAAAGAUACCCAAAAGCCAAGUUUCAACGGAACAUGCCCUCAGAACCCUUUGGUCUAUAUCUCAGACACAGGGACCAGUAGAAAGGCGGUAAAUUGGACAUCAAUUCACAUAGAAGCCGUGGAUAACUCUAACAUCCUCCCAUCUGUGUCUUACAAGGGUAAACAGGACACGUACUCUGAAGGCGAUCACCAGGUUGAAAUUAAUGCCACUGACAACAGCGGGAAUUCAGCGCUUUGUGUGUUUACAGUGACCGUGACAGUUCCACGUUGCCCGUCCCCUCCGCCUCCCCCACACGGAGCCAUAGCCGCAGGGUGUUCUUUGAUCCACGGCAGCGUGUGUACUGUAACGUGUGACACGGGGUACAUGGUACCUAGGAAUAACACGGACACCUUGCAGUGUGUUUACUCUGAGGGGAACACUCACUGGGACGGUAACCCCGUGUGUAAAGCGGUGACAUGUCCAGUCCUGGACACUAGCCGGGGUUACAUCUACCAGCGGUGUGACACGGAUAGAGAACUGCCAGUUGGUACAGUGUGUGAGUUGGGGUGUGAUAUUGUCUACCAGAGGAGUGAGAAUGAUACCACCCCCACUAUUCGCUGUCUACCCACCGGGCAGUGGGAGAACACGACCUUUCAGUGUAUAGCACCUAAAUGUCCUGCGUUAACAGCGCCAAAUGGCGGCACCGUGAGCCCUGCCUCCUGCCUGGUCCAGGGAGAAUAUGGCGACCAGUGCCAAUACCAGUGUCACGAGGGGUACCAACUGACAGGUGUCAGCAGUCACAGGUGCACGGAAUUCAACACGUGGACAGCUCAAGACCAGACCGCCGUAUGCACAGAUGUCACCCCACCUGAUUUUGGGGACACUUGUCCCGAGAGUGACCUCCAUUUCUUCACCCCUCCCUGUGGGGACAGAGCGUCCGUGUUGUGGUCAGAGCCAGUGGCCACGGAUAACUCCGGACAGCUGACCCUCAGCAAACCGACCUACACCUCUCCCUCUGUGUUAACUCCGGGAGACUACCCUCUGGUAUACACUGCCCAGGACGCCGCCAAUCUCCAGAAACAAUGUCGAUUUUCUUUGAGAAUCCGAUCUCCGUCGUGUCAGCCACCCCCAGACAUAGCAGGUGCUGUGUUAGACUCAACCACGUGCAGCUUCAAAUUUGGCUCCGUGAUGACUUACCGAUGCCAAGAUGGCUACCGUCUCCAAGGCAACGCCACGUUGACAUGUGGCAGGGAGGGUAACUGGGUGGGAUCGGUUUCUUGUGCGGCGAUCACUUGCCCCAAAUUAUCCGCUGUGCCAAACGCAGUGACGUCACCGUCGUUAUGCACGUCAUCUUCCGUAUUCUAUGCCACCCAGUGUGACGUCACGUGUGAGCUAGGGUACCUGCUGAAGGGUCCUCGGAGUUUCACCUGUGGAUCGGACGGUGCUUGGUCUAAUCCAACAGGAGUGACGGAAUGUGAAGCUAUCCCGCCCCCAAACUUUAAAGAUACCUGUCCUCGAGACACCAUCGUCUCCACGUACGUCAAUAAAGACUACACAGAGGUCACGUGGGGCGUGCCACGUGCUUUUGACAGUAAAGGCAGGCAGUUAUCCCUGACGGUCACUCCUUUGUUCGUGGUAUCGGACACUGUGAGGUUAGGCGUGGGCAGUCAUAGAAUAACCUACACGGCCACAGACUCGUAUGGACUGACGUCAACCUGCUCCUUCACAAUCACUGUAAAAGACCAAGAAGCCCCGCGCCCCCUAGCGUGUCCGGAUAACCAAAUUUUCGAAGCCAGAGGCAGUGAGACAAAUGUUCAGUUUGAGAGACCAGUGUUUGAAGAUAACGUUGGUGUGAUUACGUCAUCCUGUGACCGUGAAUGGGGGUCAUUUCCGCUGGGCAGGUUCGAGGUCACGUGCACAGCACGUGAUGCCGCGGGGAACACUGGGAAGUGUGUUAUGGGCAUCGCUGUUGUAGCGCGCCGAUGCCCCGACAUACAACCUCCGAUACAUGGCGCCAAGGCCUGCAGCACCAUCAAGUUCACUACUCUCUGCACUUUGCACUGCAAUGAUCAAUACGAAUUUCCGCCGUUUGCCUUCCCUCAACCUGCGUACACUUGUGGUAUAGAUAGUGGACAGUGGCUACCGCCUUUGCCUUUCUUGCCGUUCACCUGUGCAGCGCGGUUUUUACCAAACUUUGGAGAGGUCAACGGGCGUAUACAGUUCCAUGAGUACGAGGGAGACUGCGUGACGGCGGCUGCCACUGCUGAAAUAAGGGCGGACUUUCAGAGUCUCUUGGAGCUUAGUAUUUUUGCACAAGCUGGCCUUUGUGACGACGGGGCUUGCGAAGUCUCAUCAGUGACGGUUGUAUGUAAUACUGCCACUGGAUCCGGUUUCCCGGAUUUUCCGGGAGAUUUUGACUUUAGACGACGACGAAAGAGAGAGACAACACCUAGAACAAGAAGCAGCGUAAGCGUCGACUUUGUCAUUCUUACUAAUGCGACAAGCAAAAUAAGCAACGAUACAGACGUGACGUCCCUGAAGGAAAAAUUGAAUCUCCUGUCGAGUUCUGUACAAGAGUUUGUGGAGUCCGGCAAUCUGACGUUAAACAUCAGUGGCACUAGUUUGACAGCAGAUCCCAAGCGGUCAGUAGUGUCGCCAACCCUUAAGUGUCGCCCUGGGGCCGUGAAAAGGGACACAUACUGUGUCCAGUGUCCGGUGGGUACAUACUAUGACGUACAGCGGUCAGACUGUGUGGAGUGUCCAGUAUCCAGCUACCAGGACCAGGAGGGGCAGUUAGAGUGUGUCCACUGUCCUGGUCAGAUGACCACCAAUGAUGUAGGCUCCUAUAACGCUUCCCUGUGUAUAGAGCCCACAACCUAUGACAAUAUUGUAUUCCUCGGAAGCGUAGCUGCAGACAGGGACUGGGUGAUUGCUAGUUUUACCAGCUCAGCUAUUCUUCUCGUUGCCUCCAUAGUGGCUACGUUUACCAUUGGAUGGAGGAGGAGUCACGUGACUAAGGCAUAAGCCAAACAAAGACAACUCUGCUACGAUUGAAUUGUGAACAAAUAAAAAGAAUACUCCACUGUAAAGACUAAAGUGAAUUAUAAUACAUAUAGUCGACUUGAUUCUCUUAUUGUUUUAUUUAUUUAUUUAUUUAAUUUGUUUGUUUGUUUAUUUAUUGAAAAACAAAAAGAGACUUCAUUAUAUAUAUCAUGCAAAACAUUGAUUGUUAUAUACAUUAGAAAUAUGACGGCCACUGACAAAUCAAAACAUUACUAUUCAGAGUAGCAGGCUGAUAAAAAUGUUUGGAGGAGGAGGGGACUGUUGUACUUUAUAGCUGGACUUUGCGGGAACUUUAAAAAGAUCCCCAAGAGAUAAAUUUUGAAAAAUGUAAAUAGUGCCCCUCCCCUCUCCCUUGCAGCCCACAACUGUUUGAUGUUAUAAAGCCUAUUGUCUUAACUUUGUGAUCGUGUUGAUAAUCUCGUAUUCCUUUUUAACGCAUUAUUAUUGUUAUUGUUAUAAUUCGUUGUCAUCUUUCGCCAGUAUGGAUGUCCACGUGUAAUCUCGUUUUAUUUUUUUACAACUAAUGAAAUUAAGGCUUCAUGUUUAAAACAACAAAUGAAUAAUUUUAUAAAUAAAUUUACCAUCAGUAACAAA